AUGUCCACGUCUACGUCUACCGCGCCGAUGGCGACAACGAUAAAAGACGACAUUCAGGUUUCCAGCCAUACUACCCUGACAUUGACUACCACAUCCCUCCACAACUUAACCAUCUCCUCACAAUCCGACCACAUCUUCUACGAAAUCACGACUCCGUCAUGGGAGCCCGAGAUUACUAAACUCAGACGACGUGACCCCGAUCUCGGACAGUUCGAUUUGGUCGGGGAGAUCAAGUACGACAUUGGUGGACAUGGUUCUGGUUCCGAACAUGGUGCUAAUGGGGACGCGGAUGGGGAUACAGCAAGCGAUGAUACGAGGGUUGGGUGGAGUGGUGGUGGUGGCGGUGGGAAGGGUAAACUCGGACUUGGAAAGCGGAAGAAGAUUGAUAAGGGGAAAGGCAAGGCAAAGGACGAGGGUGAGGAGGAGGAGAAUGCGAAUCCAAAUCCAAAUCCGAAUGCGAACGGGCAGAAAACGGAGUAUGAGAGUAAUCGGAAGAAGAGGGGAAGGCCAGUUGAGGUGAGGGUUUGGGGCGAGUUAUACAGAGGAAUAGAGGAGUGGUUGCCUAGGGCUGAAGGACAGGAUAAAGUAACGGGCAGGUUCAAAGCCAGGGACGGUACGAUGUUCUUGUGGCGGCGGGGCCAAGACGCUGAUCUCGAGCUCGUGAACGAAUCGUCCCCGUCUUCACCUCCCGUCGCCACCUAUCACCGCCAUAAACGAUACCUUGGCCUCCUCCGGAUUAGGCAGUUUCCCACUAUUGUUGUGGAAGCAAGCGUUCUCGAUACGCUGGAUAGCCUUAUCUUGUCGUGGCUCUUGAUCGAGCGGCGGAGGCGGGAAUGCUCGCCAGUGAUUAUUGGUGCGGGGCAGAAGCGGGACGAAGCGUAG